GAGCAUAAGUUCAUGAGCACGUUCAAUGUUGUCAUCGUGGAUGUGGACGGGCGUCCAGCUGUUUUUUCAUAACACUCGUGCGAUCUUCUUUGAACUUUUGUGCCCAUUCAAACACACUUCGUGACAAAACACUUUCUCCAUAAUGUGCAUUAAAUCUUUGAUAAAUAUAGGCAUCAAACAUAACCUCCGACCACAAGAAACGAAUCACAGCAUCCUGCACUGUUUUCCUGCAAAUCACCAUUGCAAAGCGCCAUUACUCGCGCAACGGUCACAAACGAAUUGACGUAACACAAAGAAACCUGCGCAGCAGCACUGAACAGAUAUUGACGUCAUACGAAGAGUGCAGAUGGAUCAAUACGGUCGACAGAAGUUUUAACUAUCUGGAGUGCGGAUAAAUUUUUACUGAGAGUCGUAUAGGAAUCUAUAAUCUAGUACUUUCCAAAAUACGCCGAGAGUAUUCCUGAUGGUGAAACGAGCGUUGCUUCAUCGAACGCAGCUAAAGAAAACAACAUCUAUGUAGUUGGUGGUACGAUGCCUGAAAUAGAGGGCGCUAAAUUGUACAAUACCUGUACUAUUUGGGGUCCCGAUGGAACUUUGAUAGCAAAACACCGAAAGGUACAUCUAUUCGACAUCGACAUUCCUAAUAAGAUUACUUUUCGAGAGAGUGAUUCACUCAGUCCUGGUAACUCCCUAACGACGUUCGAUGUGAAGGGCUGCAAAAUAGGUAUUGGCAUUUGCUAUGAUAUUAGAUUCGAGGAAAUGGCACGCAUUUAUCGGAACAAAGGUUGCCAAAUGCUGAUAUAUCCAGCGGCAUUCAAUAUGACCACUGGACCAUUGCACCAUGGACCAUGCAUUCAAUAUGACCACUGGACCAUUGAUAAUCAAUUAUACGUUGCCUGCAUAUCACCGGCACGUGUUCCUUAAGCAAGUUACGUCGCAUGGGGACAUACACAGUUGACCAAUCCCUGGGGAAAGAUUCUUUACGAUUUGGAAACUCAAGAGAAUAUGGCAGUCACCGAUAUCAAAAACAAAAAAAAAAAAAAAAAACUGGUGAACCGUGUGUUACCACAACGAGACCCGCGAUGCUAUUUGUCGCUUUAAAUUGUGCCGCAACUCGUUUUUGAGAUCUUUGCCA